GUUUUUCUUGUUAUCUUGCCACCCUGAUCAACUUUUUAAAAACUAUGCAUGAAAAGACACAAGCUUAACAUUUUCCUCCAACAUCAAAAAUUUUGUACUAACAUGGCCAGCAUCCUGCAUUUCCUCCCCUUUAUUUCUUAAGCUAUCAUAGAUGUGACUGCUGAUUAUUUCAUGACUAAAGCUUGUUAAGUUUUUCAUUUUAAUUCCCCAUCUUGUUUCUGGCACCAGGGUGAGAAAAGAACCUUUCUUGUACAGUUUGCCAAGUCAUUUGGACUGAGUGAGGACACAACAUGCGUGCAAGAAACAGCCAGCAGUGACAUGUUUGAGUGUGUGAAUGGAAUGAGGCAUUCCAUACUGCCAGGUGAUAAAGUGCUGGCACCCUGGGAGCCACAGCAAAAAAGAUAUGGCCCUGGCACUACCAUCCAAGGCAUGGAAACCAGGGAUCCCUUGAGAGGGAAAGAAGAUGAAGAAAUUAUAGUCAGCUUCUGGAAUGGCAAGAAAGCCAGAGUCCCAUUGGGUGUAGCCCUGUGGAUUUCCCCAGUGCAGUGGGAGAGGAUUGUGGAGAUGAUCCGGAUGCCCCUUACCAGCAGGAAAGCAUCUGAAGGGCAACUCCAAAGACCCGGUCACUACAGUGGCUCAUGUAGGGCUAUAACAGGCUCCAUGCAUGGAUGCGCUGUAGGUGGCCUCUGCCGGCUCCAGAGGCCAUGUUGCUCUUUCAUCUCCCCUUGCUCCAGGUGCUUUCAACACACAUGCUCAUUCCUUGGACAUCCGCAGUACGCUUUCUGCUGCUGCCCUAAAUACAGUGGCUGCUGGUGGCCACCCUCUUUAACCGAACCAUCCCAAAGAAAUGUUGAAGAAGAGUUCAGCAGUAAACCAUUACUGGCAGUGGAAGGGCCUCCAAAGGAAGAACCAGCCACUGUUGUGUCCAGCUCUUCUUCUUCUUCUUCAUGCUCCUCCAGUUCCAGAAGUGGUACAGAAACAGGUUUGACCAAGACCACAAUGGUAGAUCAUGCAGUGAACACGGAUUCUAGUCUUUUUGAAAAGCCCAAGCUGCAAGAAAUCAGGAGACCUUGUUGGAAAUACUGGAAUAGAAGCCAUCCCAACUCUCGUCAUAACAGCCACGGUACCAAUUAUACUUUGGACAGCACCCGCAGAAAGGAAAGAUCUGAAACCAAAGCAGUUCCUUAUAUGGAUCCGUCCCCAACUGCACUGAUCAACCACAGUGCCAUGUUUGAAACUACUGAACAGUCUCCUCGAAGGCAACUUACUGUGAAGGAAGUCUUGGGUCACAAAGAUGUCAAACCAUCCUCAGGAGGAGAGCAAGGAACACAGUAAAAAAGAAAAGAAAAAACCACCCUCCACUGAAAGCAUAUGCUUGUUUUUUAUUCUACUUUUUUGUGGGUCCACAAGAAUAUAUUAAGAUAUUUAGGAUAAUAAUGUUGGAUCAUUAGCAUCUAAUAAAUUAUAUAUAUGGUAAUUUCCCCAGCAAA